GAUUCAACCAUAAUUUAAUAAAAAAAAUCCAAAUUUUCAACUCCUUAAUUAAGAGCUGCAAAAGUGGUAUUUCAGCUUCAAAAUUCAAGGGUUGGUUUUAUUUUCCGUAAAAAAUAAUUGGGUGACUUGGAACAUGCCGAACUAUUAUAAACGAACACCCGGCAGUCGUACUUACCGAAAUUUUUCUGAAGAAACUUUAGAUAAUGCAUUGAACGAAAUCCGAAAUUAUAGAUUGACUUACCGACAGGCUUCUGAUAAGUAUGGAAUACCAAUAAGCACUUUAAGUAGGAAAAAAAACCAACUAAAUCUUAAUCCCCACGGUGGCCAAACAGCUUUAACUUCCACUGAAGAAGGUAAUAUUGUAGAAACAAUAUUAUUUGCAUCUGAUUGGGGUUACCCUUUUGAUAGGGAAGAAGUUAAGAGAUUGAUCAAGUCAUACUUAGAUCGUUCCGGCCGAAAAAUAAAAAUAUUUAAAAACAAUAAACCUGGCGAUGAUUGGUACACACGUUUUGUAUCCAGACAUUCUGGUCUUUUGAAACCUAGACUUUCCGAGAAUAUCAAAAGAUCACGAGCUGCUGUCUCAAGAACUACUAUCAAUGAAUAUUUUAAUAACCUUGAAUUAAGUUUAGAAAAUGUACCACCGCAAAACAUCAUUAACUACGAUGAGACAAAUUUUAUAGAUGAUCCGGGUAGAACAAAAGUUUUAGUGAGAAAAAAAAAUAAACAUGCUGAUUCAAUUAUGGAUUCUACAAAGUCUGCUACAUCGGUUAUGUUUGCUAUCGAUGCAUCUGGUGUUAUGCUUCCUCCAUAUGUUGUAUACAAAUCCCUCCAGAUGUGGGAACCUUGGACAUUAGGAGGGCCAGAAGGGUGCAGAUACAACAGAUCACCCUCUGGGUGGUUUGAUCAACCAAUAUUUGAAGAAUGGUUUCAAACUUUAGUUAUUCCACAUUGCCGUCGUUUGGUUGGAACUAAAGUUAUUAUUGGAGACAACUUGGCAAGUCACAUUUCGGUGAAUAUUGUUAAGCUCUGUAAGCAACAUGAUAUUAAAUUUAUAUUUCUGCCCCCAAACAGCACACACCUGACUCAACCAUUGGAUGUGUGUUGUUUUCGGCCUAUGAAAAUAGCAUGGCGUAAAGUUUUGAAGAUGCAUAAAUUAAAAAGAAAAGGACCACUUACAAAAGAUGUGUUUCCAACUACUGGCAUAUACCCGUUAGACCGAGAAAAGGUAUUAAAUAAAUUACCAGACGAUCCAAACUCAUCCACAAGCUCUUCUAUUAUUCCACAAGUACUUCACGAUUUAUUUAAAGAAACAAGAUUUGGUUCUAACGAUGGACCAGCAAAGAAAUGCAGAAGAAAAAGAUUUAAUAUAGAGCCAGGUCGGAGUGUAACCGAAGCUAAUAUGUUUAAUGAAGAAGAAGUCCGAGACACAGAAGGUUAUAAUGAAGAAGAAUUAAACACAGAUACCACUGAAAUUAACACUAAUGUGACUGAACUAAAUAAAAAUAAUGAAAAUAACUAUGAGACUGAAGAAAUUUAUGAGACUGAAGAAAUUAAUGAGACUGAAGAAAUUAAUGAGACUGAAAAAAAUGAUGAGACUGUAAAUAUUAAUAACCUAAUAAUUGAUGAUUUUGUUAAGGUAAAAUUUGAAACUGUAAGAGGCAACUUUGAAGAAUAUGUAGGACAAAUUACUGAAAUAGAGGAGGAUAAUUUACUGUGCCGGUUCCUUAGAAAGAGCCAAAGUAUGAGAGGAUGUUUUUCUUUUCCUUUCAUAAUAGAUGAAGCAUAUGUUGGAAAAGACCAAGUUAUAAAAAAAUUAAAGGUCAUAAAAGAAAGAAGAGGCAACUAUCAGUUUGAAUAA